AGCCAACACUGAUUCUUCUUCUCACUUUUUAAUAUAUUUUGUAGAUUCACUCUCACAACAUUCAAAUGGUGCUGGAUUCGCUAAUAGACGAAGAAAUUGGGCCAACUGUGGCUGGAGAUUCAACUCCAACAUUAAAACAAUCUAAACAAGCUCUUUCAACAAGUGAAAAUGUUGUAGGAAAUUUGAAACAAGAAUUAUCGAAAAGACAACGAGGAGUCUAUAUAUUGAGUAUAAUAUUGGGUUUAGUUCUGGCAUUGGUUGCCUUGUGUGUGACUGUGCCGGUGACGUCUGUCGUUUUAAAAACUGUUGAUGAUAAUAGAAUGGAAACAAAGAAGGCACAAGUUACACAGGUGGGAUUAACAGCCUACUUGGCCAUGAAAAGACAAAUAGAAUUGUCAAUGAGUAGUUUAGUUUCAAUUGCUCAAGUAAUUUAUUCAUCAAAUUAUACAAUAACGGAUUCUUCAUUUGCAGACCUUGGUUCGAGGUUAAAUGUAAUUUAUCCGGAAUUAGCACAAUUCGAAAUUGACAAGGGACUUGUUCUUUCGUUUGUUUAUGGAAAGGUUGUUGGUAGUGAAGCAGCUCACUUGAGAGCCAUCAACAGAGCAAUUGAACUGAAGGAAACUACAAUCUUUGGACCAAUCUAUAUUAAGAGAUUAGCAACAGCUGCUCUCAUUACACAGUACCCAUUGUUUUAUCCUAAUCAAACAUUUUGGGGAUUAUCGAGUUCAAUCAUCUAUUUUACAACAUUAUUCAACAGAAUCAACCUCCAUGAUACUCUCAAAGGUUAUGAAUAUCAAUUAUAUGAAUAUGAACAAAAUAGAAUUUUCUUAGAGGCCAGAAAUGGUACCAACAUGACAACAAAUGGUAUCACUACCAACUUGACUAGCAUUGAUGAUGCAAUCUCUGUAAAUAUGACCAUUCUCAAUAGCGAAUACAAACUCUUGUUAAAACCUUUACAAGGAUGGACCCACGAAGAUACCUACUAUGUGGAAAUUGCUUUUGGUAUUGUUUUGAAUUUUAUUUUGGCAGUUCUAGUCAUUCUGGCAGUCUUCCAAUUGGUUCAGGACUAUUUUAGAAAGAAGGAAUACCUCAUCAUUCAAAACAAAUUAGAAAUUAAGGUGGCAGAGAGGACGAAAGAUCUAGCUCAGAGUCAUCAACAAUUAUCUGUGCUAUUGGAUAAGAUUUCUCUCGAGGAGCAGAGAACAAGAAGAAUUUUGAACACCAUCGAUGAUGCUGUCAUUACAAUUCUAACUGAUGGAUCCAUUAUUCACUGUAAUAAUGCAUUCUACAACAUGUUUUCACUGACAGAAAUUGAUUUGAGAAGAGGUGAAAAGGAUAGGUCAACUAUCAUUAAUUCAAUUCUACCAAAACUCAAUUUGAAAGAAAUGUUUGAAAAAGCCCUCACUGAAGGAGAUGAAGCAUCAUUCCACGAUCUUGAAACUGUUGCCUCUAGUAAGGUGGGCAUUGAGUUCAAUGUGAGAGUUUCUAUCAACUUUUGUAAAAUGCUCAAAACUGAGGCAAACAAGCAUCAAUCAGAGGAUAAGUCAACAGAAGAAAUCUCUGAUUAUAUUUUGGUUUGCGUCCUUCUCAUCCACAACCAUACAGAUAAAACAUCCCUCUUGAAGCACUUGAAGGAAAAGGAAACCCAAUACAACAAACUCGUAGAAAAAAUUGAAUUUAAGGAAAUGUUCGACAACCACACCAAGAGAAAUGAAUUUAAAGAGUUCUGUAUUAAGGAGCACAAUGAAGAAUCCAUACUCUUCUUGGAAGAUGUUCAAUUCUACAAGAUGCUGAACAAUUUACAGCAAAGAAGUGAACUGCAGAAGGAAAUGUAUCAAAAGUAUUUGGCUCCAAACGCUCCAAAAUUGCUGAAUAUUUCAAGCACAGAAUUGGAUUCAUAUAGAUACAAAAUUAAUAGUGGUAUUGGACAGCAGGAACUUUUUAGUGGUUUGGAGGAUAUUGUCGUGAAUAAUAUCAUUUUCGAUUCAUUUAAGAGAUGGACUACCGAAAAACAAAAACACUCAACAUUUUCCAAAUCUUCAGAUAGUUUACCAGAUCAACCUAAACACAAACUAUCGUAUAUUCUCAAUACCAACCAACAAUAAAAGAAAUACAAAUAAC